CUAAACAGAACCUUGAAGAAGAAUGGGGGCUCAGUGACGGUGCUGGUGAUAGACCCUGACAGUGAGUCUUGUAAUGUCCGGAGGAAGAUGCCCACCCUGCCUGUGGCGGCAGAGUGCUGCGGCCUGCCCUACACCACCAAAACCUUGCAUCUGGUUAAAGACCAAAACGGAUACGGCUUCCUGCUGAGACAAGAAAAGCUGGGGGGAGCGCGACGGAUAGUUCACGUGCUGAGGGAGAUUGAUGUGGGGAGUCCAGCUGAGGGGGAAGGGAUGGAGGAUGGAGACCUCCUGCUGGCUGUCAAUGGGAAACCUAUCGAGUCUAUGGAGCAUGAGGACAUCGUCAAAGAGGUUAGACAGAGCGGGGAGGCAGUCAUCCUCACCACGAUAUCUAUACCAGGAAGAGACUUCUACAGAGAGAUAGGAAUUUCUCCGUUAUUGUUCUAUGACGAAUGUUCAGUCAAGGAUAACAGGCAGCGGGCUGCCUCACACUGCACGAAGAACCAAAGUGAAACCCCGCUGAAACAUGGAGAUGGAAGUCCAACAUAUCCAACAGAGUGUAUCCCGGAUCAGUCAGGAACUUUACCCACACAGAAUCAUGCAACCCGGUAUCACGGCAAGACGUGA